AAGUCAUAACCACCACGACAGUCGACCAUAUCGGAAGCAAAUCUGUCCUUUUGCUCGCUCCUCAAACCGCAGAAUUUUGUUAAAAAAAAAAACGAAAAAAGUUACAUUAACACUAUUGGCGAGAAUUAGUGACAUUUAGAAAGCGUCGUCAAACUUACAGUGAUCACAGGAGUGAUUAACACAUUUAACUCCAAUAAGAACUAAAUCUUAUGUGAAUCGAACGUUCGUUCGUACGUAGAAGUGCAAAUUUAUAAGUUAUCUUUCGUAAAACGUAACAACGAGUAACAAUGGUGAAUUUCAUGUAAAAUUCGUAUCUGCUGAAUAUUUGCAAACCCUUAAAGUUAGGCAAAAAGUGAAACAUUAAGUUGCUUUGCUCAUUCAGCUGUACACAAGAAGAAAAUUUUCCUCCAGCCACAAGGCGAUCGAUAUUGGUCCCCCAUCUGAAGGUAUGGACGACGUGUAUGUAUGAGAAGAAGGUGUAUUGCAGCAGCGAGGCCUUCUUGCGAGAGAUCCGGCUUGAAACGUGAGAGCGUGUGGCGGAAUGUUGGACCCUCCAUCUGCUGCUGCUGCUAGUCGUGGUUUCCAUCGCCUGCUGGGCUGCAUUCGAGUUACCAGCGCCACAUGCUCGCAGUGCAGAGAAAAGCGGUGAAAUGAGUGCCCAUUGAUUGCUGCAGCAGUCUGGCAGAGUGGCACCACCCACUGCGGGUGCCGGUCGUUUUGGGGUGGUUUUUCCUCGAGAGAAAAAAACGCGCGCGAAGUCUCGCGGAAUAUUUAUUAUUCGACGGGAAAGCGAAUCAUAUGUUUACAAAUAUUGUGUGCGGUAGAACCAUGCGAUGGCGACGUGUUUUCAACUGCCGGGACAGGAUGGUUUGGGGCAAUGUUAGGGCGAGACAUGUGACUGAGAGUGCGUUUCUGAGCAGAUGUCGUAGAGAAUAAUUGUGAGUCCAAUAGCAUCUAUGCUUUGAGCAAAAUCAGAACCUUGUGCAGUCUCGUAAGGUUUCCGUGAACGGUGCGUAUGAAUCAAAACUCAAUCAGAAGAUAACAGGCAGUGUUAGUAACGAGAGCGAGAGUUGCUUCAACCAGUGCAAGGAGGAACAGAAAAUGAUGUCCGACUUGAUGAUUACUAGCCAGAGCGAGCAUUUAAGUGAAGAAUUAAAUUUUACCGCGUUUAUCGAUUUAUGUCGGUUUUGCUCGAUCAAGAGUGGUCCCAGGCUGAACAUCUUCGACAAGGAAGCCGAGCAGAGGCAGAUAUUGUUUAAGAUUAGAACAAUUUUGCCGAUUGUGAUAAACAAGGAGGACUUUCUUCCGAAGAAAAUUUGCGAUCGAUGCGUUGACAAAAUUGAACAAUACUUCGAGUGGAGAUCGAACUGCGUACAAACCGACGCCAUCCUACGAAACUACGCAGACUCGAUGCGAGUAGUAACAGCUACAAUAAAUUUUCAGGACGGAACCGUGAACAUUGAUAAAAUGACACCAGCUCAAAAGAACGCAUAUCUUGAAGCGCACAUGGCGGUACAGCAGCAAAUGAUGCACGCAGCACAACAUAUGCACCAGCAGCAGCAACAGCAACAGCAUCAGCAACAACAACAACAGCAGCAGCAGCAUCAUUCGCAGCACCAACAGCAGCAGCAUCAACAACCACUACUGCAACAACAGCAGGGAUCGUCUCGUUCGGCGAAGAAAUCCAAACCCAACAGUCACGAAAGUCAACCGGCACAGUACCAUCAGCAGCAGUUACAACAACAAAAUCUACAACAGCAGCAUCACGGCCAUCAGCAAACCAACAAUAUAAUAACUGCUGCUACAGCUAGUGGCACAAUCAGUACUACGCACUACGUCAAUACUAUCAAAGUGCCGCAGAUCAACACUAGCUCAAUAUCGAACUCCACUAAUAUCAGCACUGCUGGUGGCGAUAGUAGUACCUUUACUGUGCCGGACGACGUGGGUAUGGGUUUUGAAGGUGGAGUACGCGUUCUUCAAAGUUUGGGGAAUUGGUCACCGGAGAUACCUCCAAAUAUCCCACGUCCAAACUUGAUUCCCUUUACAGAACCAUACACCGAGGGUGGGUCUAUGCAUCCGGCAACAAGGCUGAAAGCUUUGCAGCAGGUUCAACAGGCAUCGUCCAAAAAGAGUACAGCGAAGCCGAAGGCGCCUGUCACUAACAAUACGGGUCCUCCGAAGCCAGUUUUUGAGUGCACAAUUUGCGGCAAGGGUCUAGCACGGAAAGAUAAGCUGACAAUACAUAUGCGAAUUCAUACAGGGGAAAAGCCGUACAUCUGCGAGGUUUGUGAUAGGGCCUUUGCGAGAAGGGACAAGCUGGUGAUACACAUGAAUAAGUUUAAGCACGUCACUCCUACUAACAUCGCUCCUCUGGGAAAACGACAGAACCGUGUGCCUACGUUAGUUAAAAAGGAGGAUCAGAAAUGUGAAGACAAUAAGCCAAUACUGAUCGACCACCAUGCCUUAGCAACACAAACUUUGACCACGGUGGUCAACAGUAUUUCAGCACAACAGCAACAGCAGCAGCAGCAGCAGCAACAACAACAGGGUCAGCCCCCUGGGCAGAUGGAUCAAGCUCCUGGUCAGCAACAUACCGGCGUACCAUCUGCCAUUGGCAUGAGUAUACCACAGCAACAUCAUCACCAGUUGUCGUGGACCUGCGAGCUAUGCGGUCGGAUGUUCCAAACGAGGGAAGAGUGGACUCUACACGCCAAGAGUCAUUUAGAGUAUUGACAGCAGCAAGCUGGUGGGACUGUGGUUUUAGCAAGCAGCAGUUCUGAUAAUAGUAGUGGCACUAGUCUCAAGGAUAAAAAUAUUCAACUGUCGCAGUCAAUUUCAUCACAUCAGGUUGACUCUUUACAGCCUCAACACCACCGGCGUUGCAACCAACGUAUCGCAGAGCAUAGUCGUACAACAGCAGAGCAAUUUUUGUUUUCUAUGUCGGCAGAGUUGCGGAAACCAGGCAGAGUUCGCUGCCCACAUUCGAGGACACUUUGUGGAUGGGAAAAUAUCCGCAACGACAGUCGACUCGAACACUCUCAUGAACAGACACGAAGCCGUUCAAAACGGAAGUAUUUGUACCUCCACUGGUACCUAAAUGUCACGGAACAAAGUGGUACAUUUCACACGGGUUUACCUUUUGUUGAUAUUAUGAUUGUUUUAGUUUUAAAUCGAAUUUACAUAUCCAUAUCACAUACGCUGUAGAGGUCUCUUAUUUCGGUGCGUUAGAAGAAUUUUGUGUUAAUCUGUCGAAACUCAACUCUCAUGUGUGCAUAGCAGAUGUGAAGAGAAAAAUCUUUUAAAACCUGGUUCAAAAGAUGUAUUUUUUGUAAACAAAAUCAAAAUUAGGAAAUGAAUAAAGUAUGAAAUUUCAUUGUAAUAAUGCAAA